AUGCGCUUCUAUCUCCCAGCAACACUUUUCCUCUCUGCCCUCAGCGCAGCCCCUGCCCUGGCCGGGCAGGAAGUGGUAGCGGUCUGGAGUGGCUCAACCUUCAGCACAGCCAGCAAUUCGGGCGAGCACGUCUGGGACGCCGGCUUCUCGUUGAUUGACAAGAACGGCGAGGUAAUCUACAACGAAGCCAAUCCGGACGGAUACAAACCUUGUAUCCACAUGGGUCAGGAAUUCCAGCUCGAAGGCGGAUGUCUCGGCGGAGCAUGGUACUCGUUUCGGUGCAAGGCAAACCCAAUUAGUGUACCGGAGGAAUGCGAGGUGAUGGGGCCGGAUGGUAAGAGUGUCGCGACCGGGGACAGUGAUAGCAGUACAGAUUAUUUCGGGCUGGGUAUCUCGAUGACUGGCGCUUGCCGAGUGAAUUUCGAGUUGUGGGAAGGGAUUGACUGUGAGAACGGCUCGGGGGACCUGGUGCCGCAUCAUACCGGUUGGCACGCUGAGGAUGGGUGGUCCUAA